GCAAUUGGAGUCAAAUCGGAAGCAGGGCAUUUUGCAAAUAUAGAUCAACAGACAUCAAAUGACACGGAGGUAAAACGGCCUGAGAAGCGUAAAAGAAGGGUAAAGGGGCACGAGAAGCCUAAAGGAACAAAGAUGAAAUUGCAGAAGGAACUUGAUCGCAUCAUUCAGAAGAUUAUGGAUCUGAAUAUUGGUGAUGUACCCUACAAAUCGAAAACGAAUAAGAAAACGAAGAAACCACCAAGCACACAGGGAAUAUUAGUAUGCUACGAACCGAAGGCGAAGAAGAAAGCACCUAGAGUCGAACUCGAUUCGGAGACAGUUCGAAGGUGGGAGUUGUUGAUACUUUUAGAUGAUGGUGGUGCCAAUGAGGCAGACGACAAGGACACAGAUAGAAAGUGGGAACGGGAAAGAGGAGUCUUCCGAGGCCGGGUCGAAUGGUUCCUUGCCCGCAUGCAUCUAAUUUUAGGGGAUAGGCAUUUCACAUUUUGGAAAGGCUCCGUCGUGGACUCAAUCAUUGGAGUGUAUCUGACUCAGAAUGUGUCAGAUUAUCUUUCGAGCAACGCGUUCAUGUCAUUAGCUUCAAAGUUUCCCCUCUACCCAGUCAAAGGUGAAGAAAACGGGGACAGGGAGAUUACUGAUGUCCAAGAGACUAUUGGAAGUGACCCAGAACCCAGAUGCAGUUCUGGAGAUGAUAACCCUAUAAAAAUUCAAGUUGACCAAAUUCAGGAAUUGCAUAACAUCUUAAAACAAUUUUUGGGGAAAGAAGAAACAGUGAGCGCUCAAGGAGAUAUGAAACACGAGAAAGGGCAUGCCGGAAGUCAAGCAUCUGCUUCAGGAGAAAAGAAAAAGAAAGUAAAAGUCAAGGAGAAGAAAACCGAUCCCUUGGAGUGGGAGGAGCUGAGGAGGUUAUAUUCCAGUGUCGGACCAAGAAUCCCGGAUCAUAUGGACUCUGUGGACUGGGAUGCAGUUAGGCGUGCAAAGCCUGAAGAAGUUGCAGAAGCCAUCCAAGCACGCGGUCAACAUCGCAUUCUAGCAAAACGAAUCCAAGAUUUUCUUAAUGAGCUGGUUAGGAAACAGGGCAGCAUUGACCUCGAGUGGCUAAGAAAUUGCCCACCUGACAAAGCAAAAGAAUACUUGUUAGAAAUACCUGGAUUGGGAUUGAAGAGUGUGGAGUGUGUACGACUUUUGGCACUUCAGCAUGUGGCCUUCCCGGUUGAUGUUAAUGUUGGUCGCAUAGCGGUGCGUCUUGGUUGGGUUCCCCUCGAACCAUUACCUGAAAAUCUUCAAAUACAUCUGCUUGAAAAGUUCCCAGUAAUGGAUGAAAUUCAGAAGUACCUAUGGCCACGACUGCGCGAACUUGAUCAACGGACCUUGUAUGAGCUGCACUAUCAUUUAAUUACACUUGGAAAGGUUUUCUGCACGAAGACCAAGCCCAAUUGCAACGCAUGUCCAAUGAGGGGAGAGUGCAAGCAUUAUGCUAGUGCAUAUGCCAGUGCGAGGCUUUCCCUUCCAGCACCUAAAGCAGCUAAAAAUCCCGUUACUACUGGUGAAAAUGCCAUCGUACUUUGCAACGGAGAGUCAACUGCUGCCCUCGGUGCCACUUCACUUCUAGAGUCGGGAUAUCAAACUGGAAGUUGCGAGCCCAUCAUUGAAGAGCCGGAGUCGCCUAAGAUUGCAUCUAAUGAAUUGUUAGAGAGAGACAUAGAAGAUUUCUGUUAUGAUGAUGGUGAUGAAAUUCCGACUAUCAAACUCAGUUCAGCAAAUUUCUCAACAGACUUGCAGAGCCCCAUAUAUGACGCUGGCAUGUUUGAAGAAAACUCGAGAGCCUUAGUUGCUUUAAACGACUUCAUUCCCAUGCCCAAACUAAAGGAGGUGACCCGUUUAAGGACUGAGCACCAUGUAUACGAGCUUCCGGAUUCACAUCCUCUACUUAGAGAGUUACCGAUGCGUGAAGCGGAUGAUCCAUGCCCCUAUCUUCUUCUUAUAUGGACUGAAGAUGAAGCUGCGGAUUCAUCUAAGUCUUCUAAUGGCGCAUGCGACUCUUGCCCGACUACAGAAGCUUGUAAUGAACAGACCUGUCGAGAACAGAGUUGUGCUACAAUCAAAGGAACACUUCUGAUCCCUUGUCGAACAUCUCUGAGGGCAAGAUUUCCGCUAAAUGGAACAUACUUUCAAGUAAACGAGGUUUUCGCCGACCAUGAAUCAAGUCAUAACCCGAUCGAUGUUCCCAGAAGAUGGAUAUGGAACUUACCGAGGAGAAUGGUGUAUUUCGGAACUUCAGCAUCCUCAAUUUUCAAAGGAUUAACCAUGGGGAAGAUUCAGUAUUGCUUUCGCAAAGGAUUCGUUUGUGUACGAGGAAUCGAUCGGAAAACAGGGGCUCCUAGACCUCUGAUAUCAAGAUUUCAUCGACAACCGAACAAGCCGCUCAAGGCGAAGAAGGCGACAUAGAUAAUCUGCUUUGGACAGCAACAUAGUAUGUUGGUUUUGAACCUCCUUAACGUUGUAGGCAGUGAUUAAACUAAAUUGAAUCCUCUCAUUAUUUAGUUUCGGUUUGAUAAGGAGUAUGCAAAUGGCAUGAAAUCGUGCCAAACUUUAUUCUUUAUCUCUACAUUCAACAAAAUUAC